UCUCAUCAUCAACUCCAACAUCGACUCACUCUCGCUGCCCCGCCGUAGAAGCCUGCAAAUACUUGGAGCGGGGCCAGGGCUGUGACCGAGACCGAGGCGGGAAAAACCAAAAAACUCGUAAAUAUCUUUUCCUCAACCUUCCUCAAUGUCACAAAAUUCCAAAUCUUCCAUCCAGUAUCGAGCUUUACUAUCCAAAUCUAUGGCGUUUGAAUCACAAUCCCACAAAAAGAAUUACUCCCCUCAGGUAAGCAGUGCUGGUGUUUUCGAUGAUGGCUAUGCCAACGCGAUGCUUCCCAAACAACACCUUGAAAUCGAUAACAACACUAAACCCUCCUUCCAUUUCCAGCUUCCGGAUCCCAGGAUUGCCGUUAAAGAUUUCUUUAGGACUAGAGAAGUUGCUGAGUUUGUUAGUGGGGCCAUGGCAGGGGCUAUGACAAAAGCUGUGCUUGCUCCUCUUGAGACAAUCAGGACAAGAAUGGUUGUUGGUGUGGGAUCAAAAGACAUUGCUGGUAGCUUUAUUGAGGUCAUUCAGCAGCAAGGUUGGCAAGGUCUAUGGACUGGAAAUGCAGUCAAUAUGGUUCGUAUAAUUCCAACACAGGCAAUUGAAUUGGGAACAUUUGAAUGUGUAAAACGAGCAAUGACAUCAGCACAGGAGAGAUGGAAUGAAGCUGAACAGCCAAGCAUACAUUUUGGCCCUGUCAAUUUACAAUUUUCACUCUCCUGGAUUUCUCCUGUUGCUGUAGCCGGUGCCGCUGCUGGUGUUGUUAGCACUCUUGCAUGCCAUCCUCUUGAAGUUUUGAAGGAUCGCUUGACAGUCAGUCCUGAGGUUUAUCCCAAUAUAACCAUUGCAGUUAGCAAGAUUUACAGAGAUGGUGGCUUUGGUGCAUUUUAUGCGGGUAUUUCACCUACACUUGUUGGCAUGCUUCCAUACAGUACAAGUUAUUAUUUCAUGUAUGAGACAAUGAAGAAAACAUACUGCCUAAAAAAGAAGAAGAAAUCUCUAAACCGCAUAGAGAUGCUUCUGGUUGGAGCUCUUUCAGGUUUCACUGCGAGCACAAUCAGCUUUCCUUUGGAGGUGGCUAGAAAACGACUGAUGGUGGGAGCUUUACGAGGGAAAUGCCCACCAAACAUGGCAGCAGCAAUUUCUGAAGUGAUUCGGGAGGAAGGGAUUAAGGGACUCUACAGAGGAUGGGGCGCUAGCUGUUUGAAGGUUAUGCCUUCUUCUGGCAUCACCUGGAUGUUUUAUGAGGCCUGGAAGGACAUUCUUUUGGUCAACAACCACCACCUAUGACUAUGAGUCUACGACGUCUCCCGGUCCCUACAGUUUUUCCCCCCUCCUUUUAUUUAUUUAAAAUUUAAAAUGUUAAACCUGGACCCACUAUGGUCUAAUUUUAAAUGUCUGUGGGUGGGUUUCAGUCGGUAGGUAAUACAAUAUGAAUGGUUCGGGAUGAAUGCAUUAUCUCGAGGCCUUGAAAAUUGGUGUUAAGUGUGGAGUUUUAAGUUUUUUUUUCAAAUGACAAAAAUCACCUUUUAAGGUAGCAA